UCUUCUCUUCAGUUUGCGGUGAGUUGUUGUAGCUAGAAAGCAAAGCGGGUUAGUCGAAAUUUGUUUGUUUUUCACUAUUCAUUAACUCUGAACAGAACCAUAUUCAUUAGAGAAUACUAAUGGUUCGAUGAUAACAUAAUCUAGAACAAGAUAAUUAGGAAAAACCUUUGGAAGUUCCGAAAUAAGCAGCCGAGACAAUUAUAAACAGACGGGCAAAGUUCAGAGAGCCACAUGGGAACUUUGUCACUGAACGACUACGAGGAUGUGCGCAUCUGGGCUCCUUGGGGUCACAUUGCGGGUCGCUGGUACGGCAAUCGAUCGGAGCGUCCAAUUCUGGCCAUUCACGGCUGGCUGGACAACCUGGGCACCUUUGAUACACUGAUACCUUUGCUGCCCGACUACCUAGGCGUGCUCUGCAUCGAUCUGCCUGGCCAUGGAUGCUCCUCGCGGCUGCCACCGGGCAUGCACUACAGCACAAUGGAGUAUGUCCUUAUCAUAGCUCGAGUCAUGAAAGAGUACAAGUGGCCAAAGGUUUCGUUGAUGGGUCACUCCCUUGGCGGUGUCUUAAGCUACAUUUACACCGCACUCGCACCACACAGAGUGGAUCUGGUUAUCGCAUUGGACAUUCUUGUGCCGCCCUUCGAGACGCCUUACGCAUUAUCGUAUAUUGGUUAUUCGUUGGAUAAGCAUCUUGUGGAGGAUGAGCGUGCAGAAGAGGACUCUAUACAUGAGCCACCUUCCUACACGCUGGCCCAGCUGCGUACUGUCCUCAGCAAGGGCAGCAAAAAUUCGGUUGCGCCAGAGUUAGCUCAGCACUUGCUCUAUCGCAGCGUGGCCAAGUCGCAGCUAUAUCCAGAGAGAUUCUACUUUUCAAGAGAUGGCCGCACCAAAUUCUAUAGUAUUUUACCGGUCAAUGCGCCCCUAGCCGCCGAAAUGGCUAAGCGCAUCAAAAAUAAACCCUAUCUGAUCAUAAAAGGAUCAAAAUCCAAUUAUAUAAACUCGAAGGCAAACGAGGCUAUUUCCAUUUUAAGGAAACAGAACCCGCACUUCGAGUACCACGAGGUGCCAGGCACUCAUCAUGUGCAUCUGGUUAGUCCCGACCUGUGUGCUGAGUACAUAGUUCCCUUCUUGAGACACCAUCGCCCGCCCGCAGUGUCAAGCUGGUCACUGAAUGGCGAGGAGAAGAAGUUGAGCAUGAAAGAGCAACGCAGGUCGCAGAAGAACUUCCUUGCGCGACAGUUGAAGCGUCUUAGCAAGCUUUAAGUAUUGUAAACAAUUUAUAAUAAUCCUGUACAGUAUAUAUUGAGUAAACGAAUGCUCAACGAUAAUUUUCGGAAGGGUUUUUUUUGAGUGUAUGCUCGCACCGGAAGCUAGGGCUGCAGCGACGCAGUCAGAUUAGGAGGCAUUAUUCGAUUAAGGUACGCAAAGAAUAAGACUGUAAAAAAAGCAGCGAACUAUGAAAAUGAACUCUCAUUGU